AUUAAUUUAUUUUUCAGCUUCCAAAUGAAAAUCGCCCAGAUUUUCUUAAAAGGUCUAAAAUUUGAUUCCGGAAUUAUAAUUCUAAAAAGGCCUCUAUCUACAGCAAUAUCUGAAAUCGAAAAAUCAGAAAAUUACGACAUUUCACACAAAGCACCAGUCCUUCCAAAAAAGCUAAGAUCAACUGGCGAACCCCUUGACUUUGUUGAUUAUCAAAAGGUAGUGUGCUCUGGAGGAAAUGGUGGCAAUGGAGUUAUUUCGUUUUUGCGUGAAAAGAAUUUUGAAUUUGCUGGUCCAGACGGCGGCAAUGGUGGAAAUGGAGGUCAUGUCAUUUUUAAAGCUAAUUCAAAAGUCAGUGACUUAUCGAGAGUAGAAUUGUUAAUGAAAGCAGAAAAUGGACAGGCAGGUCAAGGAAAGUGUUGCCACGGCAAAAAUGGUGGCCAUUUAUACGUGGAUGUGCCAUUAAACACGCUUAUCAAACGACCAAGUGAAGAUGAACUUCGACCUGUAAAAGAGUCAAUUUGGGAACUAACCCAUGAUGGGGAAAUGUUUAUUGCUGCAAGAGGUGGUGCUGGUGGACAUGGUAAUGCUUUUUACCUAUCGAAUAUGGCAAGAAAACCGCUAAAAGCCGAAGAAGGAGGCCGUGGUGAAAAGGUAAAGGAUAGAUUAAGACGUUGA